AACUCAAUCACCUGUAACCAGGAUCCGCUCCAGCACAGCUUUACAGAGACCCUUCCCACUGAGAUGAGCGUUAGGAUCUUCAGUGAGCUGGACGUCAGGAGUUUGUGCCGGGCCUCGCUCACCUGCAGACACUGGAAUGAUAUAAUCGAGGGCAGCGAUCAGCUGUGGAGGAGCCACUGUCUUACAGCGCUGGCUGUUUGCCGGAGGGAGGUGAACGGGGACAGGCGUGCUGGGUGUUCAUGGAAGGUUACUCUUGUUCGUAACUACAGAAAAGGCUGUGUAAAGCGGAGGUGGCUGAAGGGCCGGUACAGUAACAUCAGCUCUGCUGACGAUAUCCCGCCCAACAGCAUGUGUCCACUGGACGUGGAGACCUGGGGAGAGAUACUAGAGGCGGAACUGGAUAGAUAGAGCAGAGAGAGACUUUUCAGACCGUGCCAAUGUACUGAAAUAUAUCAGCUGUGUCUACAAUGGAAGCACUAAGACUGAAACAUUUGCUGGGCAAAUAAUUUUAUAAUCGGUAUUGCAAAAAAGCCCAAAGACUGUGGCGGCCAGAAUACAUGAUAGUGUGGCUUUUGUUACCAAACAUUUUAGUUGUAUUACCUUAAUUUGCAAUGGAAAAUAAGGUUUUAUAGGUUUCAUUUGAUGGAAUCAUUUUAUAGAUGGAUCUUUUCUUCGCUCUUUUCAUAUAGAUCAACAAAACUGUGCACAUUUGGAUUUAAGUAUUGAUUUUUGUUAAUUUAUCUGAUUUUUAGAGUCACUCC